AUAUAUAUUCAACUGGUGCCUAUGCCUUGGCUCCUCAAAACCAAUUCUUCUGCCAGACUUGCCUAGGCAGAACUGCGGCCACCCCAGAGCACACUUCCUGCCUCUUUGACAAGGGCAUCGCCUGAAGGCCUACCAGUGCUCUGCUCUUCAGGGACACAGAGAAUCUGGACUCCUUGGUGUCUUCACAGCCUCCUCUCUCGAAGCACAGGCUGCUGAGGCCUUGGGGACCACAGAAACUCGGGCUGUUCUACCCAGAAGGGUCCACAGAUCAAGGCAGAGCCUUGUCCCUGCAGCCAGCACUUCCCACUCAUUUCCUGAAGCUGCUGUAAACUCCACCCUCGCACCUCUCAACAGUGAUACUGCCAAGAGCAUCAUAUACACAGAAUCGGCCCCUAUUCCGGAGGAGACCACAAAACCUGAAGUUCCCCAUUUGAACACCAAGGACUUCAAGGAACUCAGAUUCCAGGACAAAUCAAGAAAUCCAGAAUCUGAAGUAAGAAAGGAGGUGAGAAGUUAUUUGAAGACAUGAUCGCUGGACAUACCCCACAGGUGAAAGAUGUGAAUCGACAGACAUUCACAGAGACCUGUGUUCAACAUAAGUGUCCCGGGAAUGCUCUCCAGGGAAGACGGCAUUCCAGGCCAGGAAGACUGAAAGAUUCAAAGAAAGGAUUUCAUCUGGGAAACACAGUGAGUGCUUGGAAAAUGAAUGUCAGUGUCGAUCAGGAGACAGACUAUCCUGAAUUGGUCCUAUCCCCAGGAGAAGUCACACUUGGAGAGAAGAAUAGGAAGUUGAUGAAGAAUUGUGACCUGAGAAGAAGUGAGGCCAAAAAUAUCUCACUGGCUGUGUGUGCUCUGCUGAAUUCUGGAGGGGGCGUGGUCAAGGCUCCCAUUAAAAAUCAAAACUACAGCUUCACCAGAGAUGGGAUAGGACUGGACUUGGAAGAUUCUUUACGUGGUAUCCUGCCAUUAAUUCAUCAACACCUAGACUUCAUGCAGGACAGAUGCUACUUUUUCAUUUUUGUGAAAGCAUGGACUCAGAAUAACUUACUUCAGCGUAUCACCACCAAGAAAACUAAUUUCUACAAGAGAAAAUUGUCAUUUUCAGUUGAACUGAAAGCACCUGAAGCAGUGCAGGUCCUCAGAGCCGUGAAGCACUCUCAAGAGACAUCAGGGUCCAGACAAAGUUCCUGUAAUGAAGUACCAAAUGAAUGUGUUGACUUAUUUAACAGGGCGUGCUUGUCCUAUGAGGAGACAUUCUGUUUUGCCGAAUCCACACAUGCUGAAGUUAAACUGUCCCCCAAAGAAAAUAUUUUAGAGAGUCUCCCUCAAACUAUCUCUGCAUUUGCAAACGCAGAUGGGGGAUAUUUGUUCAUUGGUUUAGAUGGGAAGAAGCAGCAAAUAAUUGGUUUUGAGGCAGAAAAGAGGGAUCUUGUGCAUCUAGAGAAUGAAAUAGAACAGUGCAUCCAGCAGCUGCCUGUCACUCACUUCUGUGAGGAGAAGGAGAACAUAAAGUACACGUGCAGAUUCAUCGAAGUGCACAGACCAGGAGCUGCGUGUUCAUAUGUCUGUGCGCUGAGAGUGGAGAGAUUCUGCUGUGCAGUGUUCGCUGCAGAGCCUGAGUCCUGGCAUGUGGAAGACGGCUGCGUGAAGAAGUUUACUGCCGAGGAGUGGGUCAAGCUCCAGAUGGAUGCCACAGCAGGUUUUAUUAUGCGAAGUGAUAAAUGGACUCUUCAGGCAAGCAUUCCACCACACAUUCCCUGUACUCGGUUUUUCUGUGACAAUCCAGAUGCUACGAGGCAGAGUGCUCAGUUUCCAGUGGGGUCUGGAAGGAUGAUAUGCUCCCCAGCAGCCCUCAGCACACAAAGGUUCUCACAACAGCAAAGAUGUGAGGAAUUACUCCAGACAGAGGGGGACUCACUUCCUAAGGGAAGGCUGCUCAUCCAUGAGAGCUGGGUUUUGGAUCUGGGCCUGCAAGAAGAGCAGGAAGUCAUCAUAUCGUAUGUGCUUCAUAUUUCCCAGGAUGGUCUCCUGACCCUGCAUAGCUUUGUCUGUGGAGAUGAGGAGCUGGAAGAUGAUAGAACUGUUCUGAGGGAACUAGGCUCCAAGUUAAAGGGCUAUUGUAAACAAACUGCACUAACAUUAAAGCAAACGCUGGUAAAUGUUGGUGGUUACACCGGGAAAAUAGGCAUCGUGAUAAAGAUAACAUAUUUGGGUCAUAAGGCAGUGUCCUUAUAUGAUUCAAGCUCGCAAAUACAUUACCCCAUAAGCUAUUAUCUGACAAACCAGACAGUAGUGGACUUAGAGAAAGCUCUUGCUAACGUCUAUCAUAGUUGCAUGUCCCAAAAGAGUAUACCUCUGAAAAUUUAGACACACAGUUAGAUACUUUACUUUUCGAGAAAUGUCCUAAUGGCCAGGUCAGGCUGGAGCCUGACCUGACAUGGAAAAUGGACUAUGGCACAAUGAUGCUUCACGUUAUAUAAGUGAUGGUGUUCUCUGAUUCUAUAAACUAUGUGAAACCUGUCUUAGAAUAACUGCACAGGACUACUAGCCAAAUUCUGGGAAAGGAACUGGCCAUUCAAGAAGGCAAUGAGAAAGCAUAGCUUUGAAAACAUGUUGUGAACCAGGCAUGUGGCCUAUGCCUUUAAUUCAGUGCCUGGAGGGAGGCAGGUCAUCUGGUCUAUGUACAGAUUUCCGGGGCCGGCAGGCCUAUGCAGAGAGACCCUGCCUCAAAAUUAAUUGAUUGAUUGACCAAUUGAUUAGUAAGAGUCUCUGUCUGCAUAGCCACUCCUUCCCCAUGAAGUGUAGGGUGCCUUCAUGCUUGGAAGACACUCUUCCUAGGCAGUUAGUAUAGAAAACGAAGACAGAGGCUACAUAAUAAGACGUUUUCGUUAUAGCGUUGCUAUUCAGUAUCGAGUUAUUGCUGUUCAAUAUGUGAUUUGUGUGUGAAAACCUGACAAGGAUUUUUCCACAUGUCCAAAUUGUACAGACAAGGCUCAAAGUAUGCAGAACUGAAUCAAAGACACAUAGAAAAUGAAUACAACUGUUUUCUCUGAGGAGAGUUCCUUCUCUCUUAAAGGAAACAUUGUGUCUCCUGGGUGUAAGACUACAAAAAGACAGUCAGAAGAUCUCAGGAAUUAGGCAAUGCAAGCAGUCUCUAUGGGCUACGGCAUGGCCUGGAUUUUCUAUGUGUGAGAUUGUUCCUUACGAAGUAAUGAUAGUAUGAGCUUAAGAUGUCGAUAUUAUUCAUUUACGGUUUGAUUUGCUGUAUUUUUUACGUUCGUAUAAAGUUCGUUGUGCUGUACAUUAAUACCUUUAAUGUAAAGGUAUUGACAGCACUGAGUUUAUGUGUGAGUAUUAUGCAUUUAUUUGGAAUGUUGGUAUUUCCUUCAUAAAGGAAGCAGUGUCCUUGCUGUACAUCUGCAUUUGUGAAGGAUAAAAUUUGUAAGCACUUGGCCCUAAGGGUGAUUUAUAUGUAGUGGCAACCUGUUGUGACUUUUGAUGGUGCUCCUCAAGAGAUGGUUGCCCUUCCUGAGAAUCCCAAUUGGUGGGCUGUGAGCUGGCUGCUCACAGACCCCAAUCCUCCUUAGCCACAUUUUCUGUUCUGAUCAAUUUCUUUAUCAAUACAACUUAUUUUAAAAUCUACUUCAUUUUUCAUCUACUUUGUUCUCAUAUCUGUGACUCUAUGAAUACAAUUUAUCUGCUUGUAUCUUUCUUCGAUGAAUCUUCAUUGUGUUUGCAUAGUUAUACUUACCAAAAGUUGUAUGCCAACAAAAUGUUCUGCCAUUUUAUUGUUUCUAAAAUAAAU